CAGUACUACUCAGGUAUUAAAGUCUUCGACGAACUACCAGGUGAGCAGUUAGCUCUUAAGACUUGGUACCAUUCUGUUGUCAUCGCCAGGGUCUCAAUAAUGAAGACGGCUUGCUGUGCUUUGCUGUUUCUAGUGACAGCUGUCGGUGCUCAACAGACAAGAUUUGUGAGAACGUAUGGCAAUCCAUACUUGUUUCGUCUCCAGCGCGGAACCCUCCCUCAGACGAGUCUAACCAGGGUAGCCCCUGGGGGUCUCAGAAGGGUAGUAUCUCUAGGUGAUGAUAACAAUAUGUUUUCUCCCAUGAGAAGGAGUGCUCUCCUCGUUCGAAGAAGACCCCUAGUAAGAAGAUUGAAUCUAGGAAGACCUCUCAUGACGUCAAUGAACGAUGAUGACGAUAACUUAAGAUUUUUGAGAAUUAGGCGACCCCUAGUGAGAAGACAGAGCCUAGGAAGACCUAUCAGGACGCCAUACGAUGAUGAUGAUGAUUAUUCACGAUUGUUUGGAUCUAGGAGACUGAUGACAUUAGGUCAAAACAGACGAAGCAUUUUUCCUGGAACCAUUCGAAGCACGAGGAGAAGCAUAUAUUCACCAAGGCGAAUCUUCGGUGACGAUAACGACGACUUCGAUGAUCUCUUCAGAUUUAACCGACAAGUCCCUCUAACCCUGGGAACCAGGAGGCGCUCUCUUUCACCUUUGCGAUUUGGCAGCCUAAAUGACGAUUAUGAUGAUAUCCUAAGGCCGUUUUCUCGCAGCACCAGAGGUAGGGUAUCCCCAAUGCGAGGAUUUAGUGUCGAUGACGACGAUGACAAUGUCCUCAGAUUUAACCGGCCUUUCUCUAGUGCCUUAGGAAAUAGAAGAAGCAUAUUGUCACCAAUGCGAGGUUUUGGCGAUAGUUUCGAUGAUCUUGAUGACGGUUUUAAUUUAAACAUGCCCUCUACAACAAUGGGCAGUCGCAGAAGCUUUUCUCCGCUUAUGGGAUCUCUAAAUGACAAUAUUGAUGAUGAUAACCUAUUUAAUCCAUUCAGGCGGUCUAUGUCUAUGGGAGGCUUGAGGAGUAUGUCUUCUCCUUUGUCAUUUGGUGGUGACGACGAUAGGAAUAGCCUCUUCAACUCUGGCUUUAGCUCUUCUUCAAGCACCGUCGGAAACGUGGCUUCCUCAUUUAAUAGUAUUGAUGAUUAUGACGAUGGAUGGAACCUAUUUUCAGGAAGGACCGGUUUUAUGCCUACCCUCGGAAGCUCGUCCGUCUCUAGUUCUACAGGAACCUCUCUACUGAACAACGACUUGGAUGACAAUUCUCUGGAGUCCUUCAAAAUAUUUUAGAAAUAUGUAAUUUACAAGUUUAAAAUAAAUGGCGGAAGUUGA